UAUUUAAGUAGACUCCACCCCCUAUUAUCCUAGAUCAGUGACGCGGACUCAAACACGUCAAACAGUACGCAUAGCUCCGCCCACAUCUGACUCUGGAUCGGUGCAAUACUGGAGAGAAGCCUGAAGUCGAAGCCAUCAUGGCCGCCAGCUCCGACUCCCUCCCGUUGGGGGAGAUUGAACGGGCUGUAACGGCAGGUGUGCGGGCUGAGGCUCCGCUUCAAACUGCCGUUCUGUCGUAAACACCAUUAAUGAGGAGUCAACUGCUGCUUGUCGUUGCCUCCGUUCUCUCAAAGCUGCUGCAGAAUUGAAUAUUUUAUGGCACUUAUUGAUUUGAUCAUUGAGGACAUCUCUGCUGGUGGCUCAGAGCUGGACUUAACGGAAGCAGGAGUGAUGAUGAAGAUGAAGCACCAUCUCGGCCUGCCUUGGCUUCACUCACCUGUGCUUGUAAUCAGAUGCUCUACACUCACGCUGUUCAUGCCAGAACGUCAUCUGACUAAGGACUAAGGUGGAAGUUUGACAUACAAACACGUCAACACUGUAUUGUACAUUUGACAAACGCAGAGUGGAUCAAACCGACACCAGUGUCACAGAGUGGCUCAGCCUCAGGACCCCACGGUGGCAGGUUGUCAUCGCUGCAACAGCUCGGCGGCUCCAGCGUUCAGCACCGCACGGUCCGGGUCGCUCGAUGCGUGGCUGUUAAUGCGGGACGUCGGCAGCGCUGGAAGUCGAGUCCUCCAUCCGUUUGACAGCAUUUGGACGCAUCAGACGGAGCGAAGCAUGGUUGAUAACACGAGGAUAGCAACUAAAGCCGCUCUGCCCGGCUCCUUCUCGUCCGCCAGCGGUCUCUCCCUCCCGGCGCCCUCCGCCUCCUCCCACGGCGCGUUCCCCGGCGCCCAGCCGCCGCCGCCGCAGCAGCAGCAGCAGCAGCCCGGCGGCGGCAUGAAGCUCGAGGCGGUCAUGGAGAACCUCCAGCGGCAGCAGGCGGCGCGGCUGGCCCUGGAGGAGAAGCUCCGGCAGGCGGACAAGGAGAAGGAGCUCCGCUCCAUGGUGGAGUCGCAGCUGCAGCAGCAGACGCUGGCGUUCCGCCACUACCAGGCGGCGAUGCGCGGCGCGCCGCUGCCCCACACGGAGCUCCGUCCCGGGGACGGGAACGGGGACGGGGACGCCUCCAGGCCGGACAGCCGCGACAAGGAGCGGGAGAGGAGGCGGAGGACGGAGGAGCACGAGCUCAUGGACGACGAGGAGGAGGACGACGACGGCGGCGGCUUGAACCGCCACGCGCACCGUCCGUCGCCGAACAGCGCCCACGUGCACCUCCUGAGCAGGGUCCCGGCCGGCUUCGUCCCCGCGCGUCGCUCCGAGUCCCCGUCCGCGCACCCGCAGUCCCAGCACCACGAGUGGACCUACGAGGAGCAGUUCAAGCAGUCAGGCCGAGGCAGCGGGUCGGCACAGAGGACGCUGGGAAAAGCCAGAGGCAGUGGGAGCUCAGAGCCUCUGAUCCAGGAGUUGUAUGAACUGGACGAUGACGAAAAGCGCAAAGAGUUUCUUGACGACCUUUUCAGUUUCAUGCAAAAGCGAGGGACUCCAGUGAAUCGGAUUCCUAUCAUGGCCAAGCAGGUGUUGGAUCUCUACAUGCUCUACAAGCUCGUCACAGAAAAAGGCGGCUUAGUGGAAGUCAUCAAUAAGAAAAUAUGGCGUGAGAUCACCAAAGGCCUUAACCUCCCUACCUCCAUCACCAGCGCAGCUUUCACCCUGCGGACACAAUACAUGAAGUACCUCUACCCGUACGAAUGUGAAAAGCGGGGCCUGAGCUCCCCCGGCGAGCUGCAGGCCGCCAUCGACAGCAACAGGAGGGAAGGCCGGCGGCAGAGCUACGGCGCGGCCAUCUUCAGCUACUCGCCCGUGGGAACGCCCACGCUGCUGUCGUCACCAAAGAUCCAGAUGUCCCACCUGCCGCUGCCGCCUCACAGCGGCGGCCACGUCUCCCAGCUGCCUGUGAUCAAGAAAGAGGAGCCCGUGCUCUCCAGCUGCCUAUCCGGCCGCCUGGCGCUGCCCGCGUCGCCCAGCGGCCGCGCCGCCGCUGCCGCCGUGGCCGCGCAGGCGGCCGCCCAGGCCCAGGCGGCGGCCGCCGUGCAGGCGGCGGCGCUGGAGCAGCUCAGGGAGAAGCUGGAGAGCGGCGAGCCACCACAGAAGAAGAUGAUGCUGGUGGCGGAGGAGCAGCAGAGGAUGGUGCAGCACGCCCUGCAGCAGAACCUGCUGGCUAUGGCCUCACUGCCCCUCAACAUCAAGCUCAGCAGCAGAGAUGAUAGACAAGAGACUGCAUUGAACCUGUCUACCAACGGCAUUAGCAGCAUCAACAUGUCAAUAGAAAUAAAUGGAGUUGUCUACACAGGCGUCCUGUUUGCUCGGCAGUCGGCCAUCGCCGCCAUGACCGCGCACCACGGGAAGCACCGCUGUCCGGCUCAGGCCCAGAGCAGCCCCACACGCUUCCAGGCCUCCUGCUCCUCCUCCUCCUCCUCCUCCUCCUCCUCCCUCCAUGGACACAGAAACGCAUCCCCCUGAGCGUCGCGCCGCCUCCCCCUCCUCCCCCUCGUCCCAUUCCACCAGGGAGGAGCGCUCCUUCAGCAGCUGGAGACGGGAGCAUCCAUGCAGUCCAUCGCAGUAGCUUUGAAAGGCGCAUCCUCUCCAUCCCCCCUGUGUGUGUGUGUGUGUGUGUGAGGAGCAGAGAGCUCCGUGCUCGGACUCAGCAGGACGUUACGCCUCCAUGUGUUGCCACAGACGUGUGUGUCCUCUGCGACGCCGGUCCCGUGUGGACCCGUCACCUCCAGCUGCCAAAUGCAGAAACACGGGUCUGUGAAGAGACGCAGCAAACAGCACUGACGCAUGUGACAGACCUCACAGACUCACCAAAGCAGCUGAUACCAAAGAAGACAAGUGUUUAAGAAGCACAGCCAGCGAACGCACUGCGUGUCCUCAGAAGACGACAUGACGUAUCUGAUGGCGCUUUAGGGCCGGCAGAGGUCACGUUUCAAGGUCAUGCUCUAAAGCACACAAUGUCCUUUUGUUUCCUUGGACUUUAAUUACAAUGUGUGUUUCAAGUUCCUUACAUUUGACCAAACAGCUUUUAAGAAUCUUCUGGUCCUGAUACGACUGGUGUUAAAGGUUCAACCCAUCUGUCUGCUACUAACAAGGACUGGUCUUACACAAAAAUAUCUCAUUUACACUGGAACAUAACGCGUCCUGCUGUCACUCACUCUCAGUUACUGUCACACAUUUCAACAUUAGCUGAAAUUGCAGGAGUAAUUGCAAAGGAUGCUGCAACUUAAAUGUCACCAUCAACCAUCAUCAGCUGCUCGUUUGUCACCUCCACAGUCUGUUAUGGACAUUUGACAGAACGCAGGACAUUAAGAAAGGGAAAGUAGUGAAUUAGUCUGUAUAACCUGUGCUUAAGGCUGAAGAGGCAUCUUAGGUCUAGACUGCAGUGUGACGACUGAGCUUUGCUGCCUUGGUCUUUGAUGGUGGAGACUCAGCUGCUGGGACAAGCAUUCAAAGACAUUUAUAUUAUGUUGCAAUGAGUUUAAUAAGAACAGAUCUCAACUGUUAGACCAAAAACAAAGAUGCUUGUUUCCAGGCUAAAACUCAGAAUAUCCUCCUCAUGACACGUUUCAUCCUCUCUGGCUGCACUCUGAAGGCAGGUUAAGCGUCUCACGCCUUCCUCGUUCAUUAGGGAAAAUACAGCGUCUGACAGCAUCCCUCCAUCCUUCGCAUGUGCAGACAGUAGAUACGCUGUGACGCAGACGCGUCCUCCUGACUGAAGCCGGGGCAGGAUAUGAGAGGAGAGAAGCUGGGUGACGAUGGGAAUGAGGCUAAAGCAGGAGAGGAAGGAUCCACUUGUCUUCUACACCAGAGCUCUCUAUCACUUUCUUUCUUUCUUGUUUAAACAUUUGCUUUAUUUUGAAGGGGAAACCAGUUAUACGGGAUCUUAUAAAGUCUGCUAAAGCAUUUAAAGACAUCUUUUUAUUUAUUAUUGUUAUAUUCAGUCUUGCAGACGUUGCAUUCACACCCAGCUCCUGCAGCGUUAAAUUCUAUUACCUCAUCUGCCUGUAUAUAGUCAUGGCAAAGUAUGUAAACAAGAUAUACCUCAUCCAUUUCAUGUUUGUUUUUGUACAGCCACUUGAAAAUCACUGUUUGCUCUCAACAGAUCACUGGAUUUUUUUGUAUGAUUAUACCAAAGAAGGGAAUAUUUUAUUGAGACACAUCUACCUCAUUUGUUAUGAACUGUGCCAACGAGCAUGUACAAACCUUUGUUGUAUCCAAGGUGUGUUCAUAUCCAUGUGUCCGUGUGAAUCAAAGAAGAGCGGAACACAACAUGGUCCAUGUGCUUCAGGUGUUGUGCCGGCACAACAGAGCGCCUUUUGUUGGACAUUAAAACAAAGCCGGUCUGCAUGAAAACGUGGACACGCGGAGGAAGCGGCCAAUCUGUCUGCAGAUGCUGAGCUGAUGAUAAUCAUUGAGCACUAGAUCUGAACCUACUUGUGCAUCAACGUGCACCCUAGCGUUGCUCACUGUUCUACGGCGGGUGCCGCUUUGUGAACUUGGAGCUCGCUGCUGAGUCAGCGCUUCUGUGGAGCGACGCUGCUCCUCACUGUGCAGACUGUUUCAUGCAGGCGUGUCCACGGUUGUUGACCUCAAAUGAUACGACUAGCUUAGUUUAUAAUGACAGUGGGCGCUGCAGGCUGAUGACUGGGAUCUAAUGAUAUCUUGUGUGACUUUAUGUAUAGGAGGUGAUGAACCCAAUCGUGCAGCAGAGGACAAUCCUCAGCCAAUGAGAUGAGCUGGUGCGUUACAGCUCACCUUUACUGUUCUCAGUCAGGAAGUUAGAGGAAAGAAUGUACGUGUGUCACUCAACACUGAACAAUAUGAUCACAAUAAAGGCUUGGUUGAGCUGGACCAGCCUGGCCUCCCUCCUCUGAUUCAGGCGUCAGAGCGUAGAACACGUCUUUUAUGGUGGAUUUGUAUGAUCACCUUUUAACACUGUGAAAAACGUUUUUAACUUUGACUGAAAAGCAGAAAAGACUCUCAGACGUAAAAGCAGAAUGAAUUGACUUUGUCUGAUUGGGCCUCAAUCAAAAAGACAUGGAUCAGAAAAGCCUGCAGCGUUCAAGGAGUUCUGCUGUGUUAAACGUUUAUUCAGUGUGUUUCUGCUCCACUGGUACUGAACUGAAAAGUUCAUCAUACUGUCCAGGGGACAGAUUUCAUUAUUAAACCAACUGCUGAUGUCCACAUUGCUGAGGCCCGUCAACCAGCUGCCAUAAACUAGAACCAUACUGUACCAAAAAUCUUCUCUACAGAGACAAGUCAACCACAAUCAUACAAACACAACUAUUAUCUUAUUGAUCUUAUUUCAUGUAUGAAAUGAGCAGAGGACACUGUUCUCUGUGGUGAGUCUUGAUGUUCAGAUGCUCCAGUUCAGAGGCACCAGCAGGUGACUCGCCCUCCCCCACUGCUGUACAUCCUGCUGGACGAGGCUCCAGCAGCACAAUCACCGACGCUCGUCACCAAAGGGUUUUUUACAAGUUGUGAUCAAGCUUCCUUGGAUUUUUCGGUUGUAAAAACCAGCAGAGCAGACAAACGCACCGAGGUCAGCGGCUCCGCGUGCAGAGAACAAUGGACUGGUGUCACCGUGUGGUUUACUUUGUAUUUUAGCUAUGCUGUGCUGGUAGGUCUAGGAACCAAUCGCUUUAUGAGCCGUGUAUGAUGCUUUAAGUGUUUCUUUUGCUUCCCUUUCAUUCAUCCUGGAUGAAUCCAGUGCGUAAUGGAAAUGCUGGAUUGUGGUGCUCAGGGGUUAAAAAUGUACAAAAAAGAGGUGAUUUCCUGUUUUGCCAUUUGACUUGUAGCAUAUUUAGAAAUAAAAUCAUGCUUUUAAC